AUGACUUUCAACACAGCCAGUAUCACCUUCAACACCAGCCAACAUCGCUUCAACAGCCACAAGCCAAACAUUAACCCCAACAACAAGCUCAAAUUACAAACAUACUCCAACCCAUACAUUAACACACCAACAUUAACUCCAACACCAGUCAACAUACCUCCAACACCAGUCAACCUCACCUCCAACACAAGCCAACAUCACCUUCAACAACAGCCAACAUUACCUCCAACACCAUUCAAGAUUACCUCCAACACAGCACAUACCUCAACAUUACUCCACACAAAAUCAGCUCCAACACCAUCAACAUUACCUCCAACACCAGUCACCAUUACCUCCAAACCAGCAACACCUCCAACACCAGUCAACAUUACCUCCAACAAUAGUCAGCAUCAUUUUCAACACCAGCAAACAUUACCUUCAGCACCAGUCAACAUUACCUCCAACACAGUCAACAUUGUCCAACACCAGUCACAUACCUCCAACACCAGUCAACAUUACCUCCAACACCAACCAACUUUACCUCCAACACCAGCCAACUUUACCUCCAACACCAACCAACUUUACCUCCAUCACCAGUCAACAUCACCUUCAACACCAGCCAACAUUACCUCCAACACUAGUCACUAUUACCACCAACACCAGUCAACAUUACCUUCAACACCAGCCAACAUUGCCUGCAACAACAUUCAACAUUGCCUCCAACACCAGUCAACAUCACCUCCAACACCAACCAAUAUUAUCUCCAACACCAGCAACAUUACCUCCAACACCAGCAAACAUUACCCCCAACACCAAUCAACAUUGCCUCCAACACCAGCCAAUAUCACAUCCAACACCAGCAAACAUAAUCUCCAAACAUCAACAUUCUCCAACACCAGCAAAUGUGUCCAACACCAUUACCUCCAACACCACGUCAACAUUACCUCCACACACUUACUCAACAUUACCUCCAACACCAGUCAACAUUACCUCCAACACCAGUCAACAUUACCUCCAACAUCACCACCUCCAACACAACACCAGCAAACAUUACCCCAACAGCAACCAACAUACCUCCAACACCACCUCCACAUCCAACACCACAACUGUCCACACCAUGCAACAUUACCUCCAAAACCACCAAUUACCUCCAACCCAACGCUAUCAGCAACACCAACCAACAUUACCUACUCACCAACGCAACAUAUCUCCAACACCAACCAACAUUAUCUACAACACCAACUAACAUUAUCUCCAACACCAGUUGACAUUACCUCCAACACCAGUCAACAUCACCUCCAACACCAUCCACGUUACCUAUCCAACCAGUCAACAUUUCCUCCAGCACCAGUCAACAUUACUCCAACACCAUCCAACAUUACCUCCAACACCAUCCAAUAUUACUUCUAA